UUCUGGGGAAAAAAUUUACAUGGCCAGCCCUUCCUUGCCGCCUUCCGUUCCUUCGCAAACAGCAGCAGCAGCAGCUCGCUUUGCUCGAAUACCUUCAUCGGUAUCUCUCAAAAGCACCUCUUCUUCAUUUAAAAUCCCCCAUGGCCAACAACAGCAGGGUCAGCUCGAGAACCUGCACUUGGUUUCAUUGUCUAAGCAAGGGAAACUCAAAGAGGCUCGUGAUUUCCUCAAACAAAUGGACGAAGCCGGCGUUCUCGUCAACUCCCAUUCCUACGAAUCACUUCUUGAAGCCUGCGGCAAAAUGGCUUCUUUAUCGGACGGCAGAUUGAUUCACCGGCGUUUGGGGAACCCAUCUAGGUACCUCGAGAAUUGUGUUUUGAAAAUGUAUUGUGCCUGUGAGAGCUUUCGGGAUGCCGAGAAACUGUUCGAUGAAAUGCUUGAAAAAGAUGUGGCGUCUUGGGGUAUACUUAUUUCUGGUUACUCACAGAAAGGAAGGUUAAAGGAAGCUUUUCGGUUAUGUACUCGAAUGGUUGAGUUGGGAAUUGGAUUGAAUUCCACCGUUUUCACCAACCUCUUGAAGAGUCUAUCAGAUCCUUCUGUGUUGGAGAUUGGGGAACAGCUUCAUUCUCUCGUUAUAAGAACUGGGUUAAGCACCAAUGUUUCUGUGAUCACAGCAAUCUCCAAUAUGUACGUGAAAUGCAGGCAGCUACAAAGGGCUAAGCUCGUUUUCGAUCAAAUGGUCGAAACUAACGCCGUGGCUUGGACAGGAUUGAUGAUGGGAUAUACCCGAGCUGGCAAACAGAAAGAUGCAUUGGCAUUGUUUAUUAGAAUGUUAAAGGAAGGUGUCGAAAUGGAUCAGUUCGUGUUUUCAAUCACUCUCAAAGCGUGUUCCGGGUUGGAGUAUCUGAACUUAGGGAGGCAAAUCCAUGGUUACAUUGUUAAACUCGGGUUGGAAUCCGAUGUUUCCGUGGGAACUCCUGUUGUCGAUCUAUACAUCAAAUGCUCGUAUUUUGAUUCGGCUCGUCGUGCUUUCAAGAGGAUAUCCGAACCGAAUGAUGCUUCAUGGAGUGCUAUAAUAACUGGCUAUUGCCAAAUUGGUGAAUUUGAGAAAUCAUUGCAGAUUUUUAGAUCAUUAAGACUCAAAGAUAUGGCUAUGAAUUCAUUUAUAUAUACUAGCAUAAUCCAAGCAUGUUCAGCUCUUGCAGAUUAUAACAUGGGAGCUCAAGCUCAUGCAGAUGCAAUAAAAAGGGGUUUAGUUUCAUAUGUUCAUGGAGAGAGUGCAAUGAUUACUUUCUAUUCGAAAUGUGGUAGGUUGGAUUAUGCGAAUCAAGCCUUCGAGUCUAUAGAUGAACCCGAUACCGUGGCUUGGACCGCGAUAAUAUGCGGUCAUGCUUAUCACGGCAAUGCUUCUGAAGCCUUAAAACUUUUCAGGAGGAUGCAGAGCUCAACCGCAAGGCCGAAUGACGUUACGUUCAUUGGGGUUUUAACCGCUUGUAGUCAUUCUGGUUUGGUUACGGAAGCUAAGCUGUAUUUAGAGUCAAUGAGCCGUGAAUAUGGUGUGGAUCCGACUAUUGAUCAUUAUGAUUGUAUGGUUGAUGCAUACGCUCGUGCUGGGUUGCUUCAGGAGGCAUAUGAAUUGGUUAAGAAUAUGCCCUUUGAACCUGAUGCAAUGAGCUGGAAAUGCUUGUUGGGUGGGUGUUGGAUCCACCGGAAUCUCGAACUCGGGGAAAUUGCAGCCGAAAAUCUACUUCAGCUGGACCCUGAUGAUACUGCGGGUUACAUUUUGAUGUUUAACCUAUAUGGUUUGCACGGAAAAUGGGACGAAGCAGCUCGUGUACGAAGCGUGAUGGGUGUAAGAAAGUUGAAAAAGGAACUUAGUUGUAGCUGGAUUACUGUUAAGGGUAAGGUGCAUCGGUUCGUAGUGGGCGAUAAACACCAUCCUCGGACCGAUGACAUUUACAGAAAGUUGAAAGAAUUAAACUGUUCUGUUACGGAUGUCGAAAGCAUCCAUCUAACUGAAGAGGAUGUGUCAUUUGGUUUGCCCGAACGGAAACAGCUGCUAAUGGAGCAUAGCGAGAGGCUUGCCAUAGCAUUUGGGCUCAUAUCGGUACCAAACAAUGUUCCAAUCGUCAUUUUCAAGAAUCUCCGGGCAUGUAAACACUGCCACGAUUUCGCAAAACAUGUAUCGGUGGUUACGGGACACCGAAUCACCAUUAGAGAUUCAUGCAGGUUCCAUCACUUCCACUUGGGGAAAUGCUCUUGCGAUGAUUAUUGGUGAUUCUUGCAAUUACCAUUGUUGGUAAAAGUAUAAUGGAGUCUCAUAUAUUAAGAAUUAGAUUACAUCUUGUCCAAAAUACUUAAAAAAAUGGUCGAUUAGACCUUAUACAUUAGAUCAAAAGGAAAUUU